GUCACGUGGUACGGAGCAGGAGCGCAGACACAAACAGCGCCGUGUGGACGGCUCGAGAGCGGCGGCGGCGGCGGUCGGCGGCACGAGCGCAGCGCGAGCGCGGCGAGGCGAGUGCGGACGGACGACACAUUGUUGCUUCGCGACCGCAGCGCGCGCGUGCGCUCGCGGCUCCCGUAACAGCGCGAGUGAAACAAGCGGCUGGAGAGCGGAGGGGGGAGGAGGAGGAGGAGGAGGAGGACGGAGGACGGAGCCGGGCACUUUGCGGGGACGGGACGCGAGCGCGCGCUCGCUCCCCUCAGUCAAGUUGAAAGGGUCGCAGCCGCGCGGAUCGUCGCUCCCGUCCUUCCGUUCGUUCGUUCGUCGGUGCCCUGCUGCAGCUUUCGGCGCCUCGCGAGGAUGGGCUCCCGGCUGAGCAGACAGAGCAGUCUGGACGGCGACGCCAAAUUCGCCAGGAGGAGGCGGGAGCCGCGCGACGGCCCCGGGGACGCGCAGGGGGGCGCAGGGGGGCGCGCCGCCGGGGACCUGCUGCUCGCCUCGCUGAUGCUGCGCUCCGACAAGCUGCCCGGGAUGCUGCGCAAGCCCAAGCACAGCCCGUACGUGCGCAGGGUGGCGUGGAUCCGCGAGAUCCAGAAGCUGCUCCGCGAGUGCAAGGUGGAGCAGGCGGUGGACGUGCUCAAACUGCUGAGGAAGGAUCUGGGGUUAGAAGGUACCUCUCUCAAUGACAUUCUUUACAAGAACGCAGCCUUCCUGAACCUAGUGGACCCAAUCUCCCAUGAGCUCCUGCUCAGCCUGGCACGGGACAUGCAAUGCCCCAAAAAGGAUGCCGACACCCUCAAGAACUCCGACAAGAUCUGCCGCCAGCUCAUCUACCACCUGACUCCACACUCCAAGUGGCUGCGACAGAGUAUGCCCAGGAGGAAGUCCCAGGCGUGUCUGAAAACCACCUUGCAAAAGAAGCUGUGUGAUGACACGGUAGACCUGUCUGGAAUCCCUCUGUCCACCAGAGAUGUCCAUCGGGUGGCCUACUACCUGCAGAACAACGGCGACAUGGUGGCCUCCGUGGACCUCAGCUUCACUGAGCUUCAUGACGAGAACCUCAGGUUGCUGCUGCCUUUCCUGGGCACGCUGCCCAAACUGGCCACGCUGGCUCUCAAUGGCAACCGGCUCACCCUCGCCAUUGUCAAGGAUCUCACCGAGGUCAUGAAAGAUCCCAAGAAGUUCUCCAGCCUUGCCUGGAUUGACCUGGGGAACAAUGUGGAUAUUUUCACCAUGCCACAACCUCUUCUGGUGGCACUGCGGCGCCGGUGCAGCCUGAAGAGCAGCUUGCCUACCAUCUACGAGUAUACAGAGGGGCAGCCCUACAGCUACCACAUGGAGACCUCCAUCGAGGAGGCCAGCCACUAUGAGGAGGAAGAGGAGGAAGAGGAGGAGGAGGAGCCAGAGGGGGAAGAGGAAGUGGAUCCAGAGGACAAGCUGGACCUGGAGCCUUGGGGUGUCGGAGAGAAGAAGGUGUCCCAGAACUACACGCUGCACUACUGUGAGAGGUGAUCGCUCUCCCCACGACGACUCCACCAAGCUGGGCCUGACCGCCAUACCAAAGGCCCUCCUCGGUUUUCCGUUACCACGUCAACAACUCUCCCCCUUGCCUCCACCGCCACACACCCCCCCCAAACAUGAGUCCAGCAAUCCAUAUUGGCAAACAUGAGUCAACGGCGUAUGGAACAUGGACCUUGUUUCAUCAAGGUGCCCAACAAGUAGAACCAUCAUCCCAGAAAUGCGGCUCAGAACCAACCAAUGUGUGGAAAUGUGCUGCUGCAAGUGACUUACCGUGUUGGUUGAUGGUGCUCCUGGUAAUAAGGUGAGGUUUCAUUGGAAGUGCACCAGGGAGAGUUUUUUUUUUCCUUCCCCGGAAGGCACUCCCACUUUUCUCCAACAGCAAUGGGGGGAGCGGAUGCCCGGGACCUUGUCGAGAGGAGCUCAGAUCAGGCGGAUGGACUGAGGGCCACCAUGGCGAUGGCGUUGAUCGGAGCCGUCGCUGCUUCUGAAGCCAUAGACCCAACGAUGUUUUCUACCACGACCACCCGUGCCUGCGGCGAGUCGGGCCUAGCUCCACAUUGUGUGCGCUCUGUUAAUCUCCCAACAAAGGCCAUGGAACAAGUUCAACAGACUAUAGAGCCCGCGGCCGGUCACGUGAUACGGGCAAAACUGCUAAGUCGAGACUUUUGCUUCUCAUCACCCCCAGCCCCUCCGUUCCCACUCUUUCGAAACAUUCGCUGGUGGCCGUCCGUGGAUGU